CACCAGCUCACGUCCCUAGUGGCAGGAGACGCCUGAAACAUGAGUCACCUUUCGCUCCCUCUCCAGUUGGUUCCUGCCUCUCGGGGCUUGGAGAGGGCCUUCAGUCCCUUGGCGAAUUGUGGAUGACUGUGGUGGAGCUUUCACUAUGGGUGUCAUCGGAGGUGGUGUCUUCCAGGCCAUCAAAGGAUUUCGAAAUUCCCCUGUGGGAUUUCGCCACCGCUUUCGAGGUAGUCUCAAUGCUGUGAGGAUUCGAGCCCCUCAGAUUGGAGGGAGCUUUGCUGUAUGGGGAGGUCUGUUCUCCACCAUUGACUGUGGCCUUGUGCAUAUGCGUGGAAAGGAAGACCCCUGGAACUCCAUAACCAGCGGAGCAAUGACUGGAGCCGUGCUGGCUGCCCGUAGUGGGCCACUGGCCAUGAUGGGCUCAGCCAUGAUGGGGGGCAUCCUAUUGGCCCUGAUCGAAGGAGUUGGCAUCCUUCUCACCCGAUAUACUGCCCAGCAAUUCCGCAAUGCACCACCAUUUCUGGAGGAUCCCAACCAGAUGUCCCCCAAGGACCCAGCUCAAGGCUACCCCAACUACCAGCAGUAUCACUAAGGAGGUGGCGACUGCCACUUCCUCCAUGGGAGCUACGCUUCUUUCCCCUCCCAUGAUCUACCUCGAAGGGAGGGCUGGCUCCUUGUUGGCCCUGGAACUUGAUUCUACUUUGUCCUGGGGGUGUGGGGCACCCCAGCUAUCCUGAUAUCUUUUCUUCUGUCUCUCAGGGCACACAAACCCCACACUUGUAACCAAUUCUCACUCUCAGCAGCCCCUUUACAUGGUGUGCCCUGAUGAAUAUUUAAAACCAGA